GGCUGAAGCUUGUUUGUGCUUGUAGCAGCAGUUGUGAUUUGAACUGGCAUAGGUUCAUUAUGGCUAUAUGGAGCUUCCAAGAGGUGGAGGACGAGGUUCUGCGACUAUCGGUCAAAAUGCGGUAGGGAAAAGGUCUUAUCCAAAGAGGGGGCGCCGCCGAGUUCAAUGCAUUUUAAUGAGUGAGGACUGCCUAUCUGCAGACCACUUUCCUAAGCCGACGCCGUCAUGUCAAACAACAGCGCGAACAGCAAUUUGGUUACAGCACAAAAAGCCGUCAAACAACUACGGCUGGAAGCCAGCGUCCGCAGGAUCAAGGUAUCACAGGCUGCUGCCGACCUGAAGACUUUCUGUCUGCAAAAUGCACAUAAAGACCCUCUACUGAUGGGAGUUCCGUCCAGCGAUAACCCAUUUCGCCCUCCAAAGUCCUGCGCCCUUUUCUGAGUAACCCUGGGGGUGUGAAGCUUGCUGAAAUGUUUCUGAUUAUCCUGCUCACCCACACCUGUCUCCUCACUCUGUCACCCAAUGCUGGAAGAUUUGGACAACAUGUGAAGAAAGUGAUAAUGUGGGGCCAUCUCUACUCUUGAGACAACACUGUAUAGUCACUCCACUCUGUACCAUCUAUGUAAAGACGAUGUUAUUAUUGUCGUGAUGAUUGCAUUUUGCAUUUAUAUUGUUUAUUUGCUGCAGUGAAAUGUUUCUCAUCACACUGGCAUGAUACUUUAUGUGCAUUGUUGAGGCGAGGGUCUGGCUGUAUUUUCAUUAAGAGUAGUGUAGAAGGGCAGCCAUGCCCGGAAAAUACCUAUUUUCCCAUGCAAGCUCCCUCUUGAUAGAGGUGUGAUUUUUACAUCGUCUGCGCUAAUUGUGUUUAUCUGUCAUUUCUCUAAAUUCUGCUAGACCUGGCACCUGCACAAGCAUCAAAUAUAUGGAGUGGAAAACUGCACACAAAAACUGACUAUUUGUACCAAAGAUCAUAGAGCGCUGCGCGUAGCGCUCUAUGAUCUUUGAUUUCUACUGAGAAGAUUGUGCCAAUUGUGCAAAUAGCAGAUUGUCUGACACUUGAGAAUAAAGAUAUCGUUCUUCUU